AUGCAAACAGAACUGCAAAACACGGACCUUGUUUUGAUACUGGAACGGCUAAACGAUGGGGAUGAGGGUGUGCAACAGUCUGCGAUACAGACACUCAUUGUGUUUCUCAAGGAUCACAAAAAUACGCUCAAGCUCAGGGAGCACAUCGGCAGCUUGGAGGACACAUACAUGCGCAUGCAGGAGAGUGAGAACAAGAAGAUGAUGGCAGACAUUCUCUCAGUCAUAAAGAACAGCCUGGACCUGAGGGUGCACGGCAACGUCAUUCCGCUCAAGGAGUGGGGCCACCAGUACGUAAAGGAAAUGCUCAAGCAGCUGCUUGAGAUGUACUUUGAGAACUUGAAGUGUUACAAAGAGCUCGGCAAACCGGGGAUUGAGAGCGAUAUGGUCCGGGCGUACGAGGUGAUGGAGAACGAAUGCAUACGCUUCUUGUUCGACACAAAUUCUGAGAUCGAUGCAAUCGAUUACCUGAUCGAGAUUCACAAGGAGCACAAGAUCCUGGAGUACACCGACCAGCACAACAAGAAGAGAAUCCUGACCUACCUGGAAGGUCUAAACAGGAUGGGAGAUGCUUUAGACGACGUAAUCUUCAAGAUAUACGAGAAGCACGGCAUGCUUAUUGAUCAGCUCAUCAACUACCUCUCGCGGGGCAUGGUCACAGAGGCCUUUCUUUUCUGUGAGAAACUGCCGCCCGCGCUCAAGCUGCAGGCCAAUUUUAUUUUCCACAAGCUGCGCCUCAGAAAGUUUAGAAAUUCGCUGUUCAGCUACGCGCUCAAGGAUUUUAAACUGAACAGAAAGGAAAUCAACGCGACAAAGAUAAUGGGCUUGCUUGGACAGUGCAUGGCGAAUUACGGCAUUGGCGACUUUGGUGCUGAUGAGGAGCAGCUCGCUGAGAAUGAUAGGGAUCUGAACGCGAGUAUCAGCGACUGCUACCUUUAUGGUCUCGUGUACUGCAAUACUACGCUUGAUUUCUCCAUGUUCACGAAUAAGGUGAACGGGCUGCUGGCAUUCAGCAUGAACAGGGUUGAGGAGGAGGAGGUGGUGAUGGCACUUAUACGCGAAGGACUGGAAGAGAAUCCGUGCAACGAACUGCUGCUUGCAACGUUUCUUGUGGAGACGUAUGGUAAGGAGAUACUUCCUGUGGAGCUGCUCAUUAACAUUCUCAACGACAUUCCGCCUGAGAAGAGCACGCCCAGCACGAUCGACUACCGUGCAAUUGCCGCGUUUGUGCUUGCAGCCAGCCCGGCCUACAUCUCGUCAAGGGAUGAGGUGCUCACUGAGACAUUCAUCAACCUCAUCGAGCAGAACAAGGGGAGCAAUGUGGAGAGUCUGAUCUACAUCCUUGCGCUCACCAUUUUGUACUACAAGAACACCAACAAUCCUGAGGCACUGAUAAAACGGCUCGACACGAUGGGCAUGCACGGCAAGCAGGUGUUAGUGCUGCUGCUCGGCAUGAUGUACCAGGGAACAGGUGAUACGUCGAUCAUCGAGGAAGUGCUCACCAUCUGCUUUGGUGAGCAGGAGGUGUCCAGAACAAUGGAGGAGAAUGAGGGGGAGGAAGGCGACAAAGGCCGAGCAGAGAAGAAGACAGGCAUUAGGAUUACCAAGUCGGAUGACGAAGAGGCGCCAGGAAAAGGAUCGGUCAACAGCGAGAGGGGCGAAAAAGCACAGAAUGAUGACGGGCAGAAGGGAACGUUGACAACGCUAAAGACGGAUGUCCCUAAAAACGAUGGUAUCAGCGACAUGGACAGCUCAAACAACACGGAGGGUUUUGCACAAAAUGGACAUUUAGAGCAGCUGGGCCUGAUCGCCAUUGCGCUGAUUUCGAUGGGAGAUCCGCUCACGUGCGUGAUGGGCGCACGGAUUGUCAACGCAUCGUCACUUCUCGACAACGUUUUUUUGAAACGUGCAAUUCCGCUGUGUCUAGGGUUGCUGUUCAAUGGGACAAACAACAACGUUGUGCUUGAUGACCUUCUUCGGGGCAUUACCGGAUCGGAUCAUGGUAUCCUCAUUUCCAAGCUGUUGGGCAUCGGCCUGGUGUGCUCGGGCAGCAACAAUUCGACCGUUCUUAAUGCUUUGAAACUGGUCAAGCGGUGCAAUAUAAGGCACUUGGCAAUGGGGAUGACCAAUCUAGGGCUGGGCACGUGCACCACCGACCUGUACAACUACAAGAACAAGUUGCUCAACGCAAAAGGCCUGUGCGGCGUUCUGUUCCUCAUGAUAAUGUUGCUAGACGGUGAGGAAAGCGCCAUUUUCAAAGAGCCGUACUUCUUCCUUACGAUGCUGCCGGCCAUAAAAACAAAAAUAGUGGCGACAGCUAAGUUUGUGAGUGAGACUGAGUAUGAGUUUGUUGAACGGGAGGUGAAUGUUGGCAAGCGGAUGGAUGUUACGGGAAUGAAGGGCACACCGCGGGAGAUAACCGGGAUUUAUAAGAUGCACACGCCUUUUACGUUGAAAUGGGAUGAGAGUGGAGAGAAUGAGACAGGAUUGAUGGACUUCUUUGAGGAUGUGAUUGUGGUGAAUGAAUAAAACAUGGUUGUGAUUAU